GGAGCGGUUACCGCUCGACAGCUCUGCUCCUGCUUUUUAUAUUAGGUUGUUGUCGUGGGUCGGGCCUGGCUGGUCCGAGCUUCGUGGGCACGAUCGCCAACACCACCGUGACCGUGGGCCGUGACGCUGUGCUGUCGUGCAGAGUGCAGAACCUCCGGGGCUACAAGGUGGCAUGGGUGCAAGUUGACACGCAGACAAUCCUGACGAUCCACAACACAGUGAUCACCCGCAACACAAGGGUCGGCCUCAGUCACGAAGAUCAGACCCUCUACAGGCUGCACCUCAAAGACGUCAAAGAGUCUGACCGAGGCUACUACAUGUGCCAGAUCAACACAGAUCCUAUGAUCAACCAAAUGGGGUACUUGCAAAUUGUUGUGGUGGUGGGUGAGGGGGAGGUGCUGAACAUGGUGAAGGUGUCGCGGCUGGACAUGGGAGCUUUCCUCUGCGUUGCCAGCAACGGCAUCCAGCCUUCCGUCAGCAAGCGCACGCAACUCAAAGUCCAGUUCCCGCCGAUGCUGUGGAUCCCGAACCAGCUGGAGGCGGCGCACGUGGGCGGAAAGAUCACCCUAGAGUGCAACACCGAAGCCUUCCCGCGCUCCAUCAACUACUGGACCAACCAUCGCGGCGAGAUGAUCGCUGAUGCUGGACCAAAGUAUGACACGCUGACCCGGGAGGAGUCCUACAAGACCUACAUGCGUCUCACCAUACACAACCUGACGCGUGAGGACUUCACCACCUACAGGUGCAUCGCCAAGAACAGUCUGGGCGAGACCGAUGGAUCCAUAAAACUCUAUGAAAUGAACCCUUCGACUCCGCAAAAACCUUCCUCGGUGACCAACUUGCCAUCAUACGAGGAAUAUCCCUCAACCGAGAUUGGGUCAGAGGGAAUCAAGCCAGAAAUAGAGGGCGGAUCUAGCGGGUUUGCUGGAGAAUCAGACAGUAACUCGAACAGAGAUAGGGACUCUCUGACAGCGGGAGGGCAGCACCGAAUACGUCCUGUCGACUCCUAUAAACAUAAGCAGAGAGCGCGAGGUUCAUUCAUGAAAGGCCUGGGCGAUUCGUCUCCCCCUUACGACCUGACCUUCCCGUUUGACGCCGCACCUCAGCCACCUGCAGCAGCGUCUGCCGUGGCCACUGGGGUCAUCGCUAGUGUUCUUAUGUUUUUCUUCUUCAGAUGAACACUCAUACGAUAACAGAGUGUUCAGAGGAACACUCAUUCCCUAACAGAGUGUUCAGAUGAACACCCGUACUCUAACAGAUUGUUCAGAUGAACCUACGUACUAUAACAAAGUGAGAACUUAUAACUGAAGCCAUUUAUCACGUGAAGCUACUCCUGAAGGCGGUCAAAGCUACAACACGAAAAUAACUUUCGGCCACAAGUUAUAAGUACUAUAUGGCUUUCUAUGUCAUUUUCGUAAUGCUAUAUAGCGGUAGCAAUGGUCAUA